AGCUCCAUUCCGCCACUUUUCCCCCCUCCACACAUCACGCCGUUUAGCAAACACGGUGGCAAACAUGCCCGCCUUCUCCUCGCACACGCACACGCACACACACACACACUCCCUCUCUCCCUCUCUCUCUGACUUUUUGAAUUAGGAGCCGAAAUGCAAAUGAAGCGCAAUGUAUGGAAUGCAAAAGUCCGCUCGUCUUGCUCUUCUCCAAUCGACCGUUGCAGCCUUCGAACUUCCCCGCAGCUCGAAUCUGGUGCUGCAUCUCCGACAGGCUUCUCCUCGUUCAUCCGCGCAACACGCACAUCCCCCCAAUAUACAAUUUUCUCUGACAAGCUCUGCGCGAUCAGGUCGAACAAGCGAGAAGCAGAAGGGCAAGCACCUUCGCCUCGCCAAACAUGCGACUUUUCGCAUCGUCAUCGGUCUACAUUCUAUGGUCCGUGCAGAUGUGGUCGAUGGGGCAAGCAGUGGGGACAGGCAGCGCAGCAGCAGAGCAUGCCACCGCUGCGAGCGCAUCCGCAUCCGCACUGCCUCGUCCCGCCUCUACACGUCUAGGCCGCAACGGAGAGAUCCUGCACAUUGCAAGCGAAGAUGCAUCGCCCAUUCAUCCUUCGCACCUCAUCUCCGCCACCAAGCAUCUCGAACAGGAUGCGCACACCAGGUACCGCAAGACGCCUGCCGCCGCCGCCGCCGCUGCUGCUGCUGCUGCUGAGAACUUUUCGCAACAGCAGCACCACGGCCUGGAAGUGGUCAUGGAUAAGCAGCGCGUGGUGGAUGUGGGGCAGCGUCACGCCAUGGUAUUGAAAGCGGCGCGACAUUACAAGGAACAUUUCUUCCCGAAUGCUACGCACAUGCGAGUGAGUUCUGCAUGUGGGAGCGCAUAUGCUUUGCACCCGAUCGAGCAGCAGCUGACGCAUGACGCGC